AUGGUAAAAAUUUUUAAUCAAUCUCAACUCUAAAGCCAGCAUCAUAGCAACUAAAUCAAUCAAAAAGAGAACUAACUAAUUCAAAGAAUACUGGGUCUAUUCGAUAGUUAGAAUAAUACUAUUAAAAAUUUGAAACUAAAGUAAAUUGCCUAAAAUUUAAUUGAUGAAAAUAUCCAUUUAGGUCAUAAUAAUGACUUAAUAAAUGCUAUUUUCGAAUUACUGGAUUAAAAACUCCUCAUAUAGAUUAAAGACUCAUUUAGAUUGCCUUAUUAGAUUUAAGGUGGAUAAAACUAACAAAAUAUCAAAGAUAAAUAAGGCUUAAUAGAUGAAGAAGUUAAAAAAGAAUUGGAUUAAGAGAUAAUAUAAGUUGGAAAACAAUAAAAUAAAUUAGAAAAGGCUUAAAAUAAAAUUACAAAGAUUAAAAAUGAGAAGAAAAUCUAACCUAAAAAUGAUAAAAUUUUGCAACCACAUACGCCUCUCACUACAACGUAAAAUGGAAAAGUAAGAUUAAUGAAAUAUAAAAAGUAAAUGAACAUAAUUGAUGAUAUACCUAAUGAGAAACUAUAAUAAGUAUAAAACCAGCAGAAGCACCAUAAAGUUAUAUACAAAGCUAAAAUAGGAAAAUUCAAGCCUGGGUUGAAGAACCUUCUAGGCUUUUGUAAUGAAAUUGAAUCUCGUUCUCAAUGA